AUGUCUCUCGAAUUCGACCUCUGCUCAGAAAUCAUGUUCGGUGAUCGAUAUCGCCUGCCUUUGUUCGAGUUCGGCAUAUUGGCUAUCCAGUUCAACAAGCAGGAGUGUACUGCUGUCAACGAGACCGCGCCGGAUUUUGUGGGAUGUUCCCCAGCAGGACUUUCAAGUGCGCUCGCCAGCAUGAGUCUCACGCCACCAGCAGCAGCUCCAUCAACUCAGCCAGCUUCGACGUCUUCUUCCUCGAGCAAUCCGAGCAUCUCAACCAUCUCGGGCGAACCAGUGUCGGAAACGCCAGAGCCGACAGCCGGGAAACCGACAACGGCAGCAAGUUUUGUUGGAGCACCGCUGAUGACGGGCAGCUGCACGGUGCCGUAUUUCGCGAUAGCCACGGACGCUGCUGGCCGAGUGACGGAAUAUCCCAACGUCGGCUGUUCUCCUAACCGACCAGAUUGUUGUGCAUAUGAAUACGGACUCAACGCACUCAUCACGAGAUGCCCGCAGGACUAUUUCACAACCGCCAGUGCCUGCUGUCCACUUGGAUAUCAGAUAUAUUACACCGCGGUUGGGCAGGAUACUCCGUGUUAUUCGGUGCCUGCCACGACAUUAGUCCCUGCAUCGACUCCAGCAAUAGCCGGUCUGACGCUGAUCACCGAUCACGUCUUCUCGCAAAAGUAUUCGCUCGUGCCACAACAGCAGGGGAAGAACAAGUUUCCACCAGGAGCAAAGAUUGCCAUUCCCGUCUCCAUCUGGGUGGUGAUAUGUAUAGUGUGUCUCGCGACCUUCUUCUGGGUUCGGCGAAGACGCAAGGCGAGGCGGGCCGCAGAGGCCAACCGCACGACGACAUUCCCGCCAGAAGAGCCUGUUCUGUCUCAAAUGUCAAUGUCGAGGGCGCCAACCGCGCACGAACUGGACAGCCCGGAAGGUCAAGCAGGAUCUCCUGGAGCCGUGGGGGUUGCGAACGGGUGGCCCAUCUUUCCCCCCUCGUCGCCGCCAGCAUAUGACCCGAACGCCGCAGGUCCGGUCGCCCUCCAGAAGCAACCGCCAUCGAUCCCACAGGAGCUGCCCGGCAGCACAUUCAUCCACGAGCAUCAUCCAGUGUUUUCACCCACCGGCUCAGUAAGCGCACCCACCGAAGCAACACCUGGCUCCCCGCCAGGGACACCCGUGCAAGCCGCUGCGACAGGCACUGAGAAGAGAUCACCAGUGCUGUCGAGCGUCACAUCACGAUCAGAUGCUCAAAGUCCGGUAUUCGUGUCGCCGCUGAGCUCUCCAAGGUUACCCAAGACAGGAUGA